AUGUUGAACUCUGUUUCUUUAACGUUUAACAAUCCUCAGAUAAACGUGAUAAGUAACCCUAACGCGCGUUUGCAGCCUCUGGCGAGAGUGAGAAGCACGGUUGUGCGAUGUUCCGCCAUGUGUGUCGAGAGGAAGAGGUGGUUAGGAACCGCUUUACGGAGGAGCGGUUCGGAGCGGAGUCAGUUUUUGGAAUCGGUUCGGCCGGGGAGGUUGCCGAAGCUGAGAGUGGCGGUUAAGUCGUCGUUUUCGUUUUCAGCUGUGCCGGAGAAACCGAUGGGGCUUUAUGAUCCGGCGUUUGAUAAGGACGCGUGUGGUGUUGGAUUCGUGGCGGAAUUGAGCGGUCAAAGCAGUCGUAAAACGGUGACUGAUGCGUUGGAGAUGUUGAUUCGGAUGACGCACAGAGGCGGUUGCGGUUGUGAAGCUAAUACCGGUGACGGUGCGGGGAUUUUGGUAGCUCUGCCUCAUGAGUUCUACCAAGAGGUUGUGGAUUUUCAGCUUCCUUCUCAAGGAAAUUACUCCGUUGGCAUGUUUUUCUUGCCUAGAUCCGACAAUCGGAGAAAGGAAAGCAAAAAUAUAUUUAGUAAGGUUGCUGAGUCUCUUGGUCACACAGUUCUUGGUUGGCGUUCUGUGCCCACAGAUAACACAGGAUUGGGCAAAUCAGCCCUGCUGACCGAACCAGUGAUUGAACAAGUGUUUCUUACACCGAGUUCUACCUCAAAAGUUGAUUUGGAGAAACAGAUGUACAUAUUAAGGAAGCUCAGCAUGGUUGCUAUUACAUCUGCAUUAAACCUCCAAAAUGAUGGAAUUACAGAUUUCUAUAUUUGUUCACUAUCAUCAAGGACUGUUAUUUACAAAGGUCAGCUAACUCCAACUCAGUUGAGGGAAUAUUAUGCAGAUCUUGGCAAUGAAAGGUUUACGAGCUACAUGGCCCUGAUACAUUCCCGUUUCUCUACAAAUACUUUCCCUAGCUGGGAUCGUGCUCAACCUUUUCGUGUAUUGGGCCACAACGGUGAAAUCAACACACUCAGAGGCAAUGUUAACUGGAUCAAGGCACGUGAGGGCCUACUGAAAUGUGAGGAACUUGGCCUAUCCGAGAAUGAUUUAAAGAAGUUUUUACCAAUUGUGGAUGCCAAUUCAUCAGAUUCAGGAUGUUUUGAUGGUGUCCUUGAGUUUUUGCUUCAUUCUGGAAAAAGUCUUCCAGAAGCUGUUAUGAUGAUGAUUCCUGAAGCGUGGCAGAAUGACAAGAACAUGGACUCUCAGCGUAAAGCAUUUUAUGAAUACUAUUCAGCACUGAUGGAGCCAUGGGACGGACCAGCUCUUAUAUCAUUUACCGAUGGCCACUAUCUUGGAGCCACAUUAGAUAGGAAUGGACUACGACCUGGCCGCUUCUAUGUUACCCACAGUGGACGGGUUAUAAUGGCAAGUGAAGUUGGUGUUGUAGAUAUUCCCCCAGAAGAUGUGUGCAGGAAAGGAAGACUAAAUCCUGGCAUGAUGCUUCUGGUGGAUUUUGAGAAGCAUAUAGUUGUGAACGAUGAUGCCUUAAAAGAGCAAUACUCACUAGCAAGACCCUAUGGGGACUGGCUUAAAAAGCAGAAGAUUGAACUGAAGGACAUAGUUGACUCUGUUCAUGAAUCUGAUACUGUGCCACCAGCCAUAUCGGGAGUGGCUCCACUAUCUAAUGAUGAUGUAGAUAUGGAAAAUAUGGGAAUUCAUGGUUUGCUGUCUCCAUUGAAAGCUUUUGGGUAUUCUAUUGAAUCAUUGGAAAUGCUAUUACUUCCCAUGGCAAAAGAUGGUGUAGAAGCACUUGGGUCAAUGGGAAAUGAUACUCCAUUAGCUGUCAUGUCUAAUAGAGAAAAACUUACUUUUGAGUAUUUCAAACAAAUGUUUGCUCAAGUGACAAAUCCUCCUAUAGAUCCUAUUAGAGAGAAAAUAGUCACUUCUACGCAAUGUAUGGUUGGUCCAGAAGGGGAUCUGACAGAAACCACUGAGGAACAAUGCCACCGCCUUUCACUAAAAGGCCCCCUUUUAUCCACCAAGGAAAUGGAAGCCAUAAAAAAAAUGAAUUAUAGGGGAUGGCGGAGCAAAGUUAUAGACAUUACUUACUCAAAGGAACGCGGUAAGAAAGGGUUGGAGGAAGCCUUAGAUAGGAUAUGCACAGAAGCCCACAAUGCAAUUAGUGAAGGCUACACCACCAUUGUGCUUUCUGAUAGAGCCUUCUCCCAAAAACGUGUUGCUGUGAGCUCCCUUCUCGCUGUUGGUGCUGUUCACCAACAUCUAGUUAAAACACUUGAGCGCACACGAGUUGCCCUAAUGAUCGAAUCUGCCGAGCCACGUGAAGUGCACCAUUUCUGCACACUUGUUGGUUUUGGUGCUGAUGCUAUAUGCCCAUAUUUGGCUGUAGAGGCAAUUUGGCGACUGCAGGUUGAUGGAAAGAUCCCACCAAAAGCCAGUGGUGAAUUCCACUCCAAAGAUGAGUUGGUCAAGAAGUAUUUCAAAGCAAGCAACUACGGAAUGAUGAAGGUUCUUGCCAAGAUGGGAAUAUCAACUUUGGCUUCAUAUAAAGGUGCUCAGAUAUUUGAAGCUCUAGGUCUUUCUUCAGAAGUGAUUGAAAAGUGCUUUGCUGGAACUCCAAGUCGAGUUGAGGGUGCAACAUUUGAGAUGCUCGCACGUGACGCACUUCAGCUGCACGAGUUAGCUUUUCCUUCUCGGAUUUUCUCUCCUGGAAGUGCAGAAGCAGUAGCAUUGCCAAAUCCUGGAGAUUAUCAUUGGAGAAAAGGUGGCGAAGUUCAUCUGAACGAUCCACUUGCUAUUGCAAAGCUUCAAGAAGCUACCAGAACUAACAGUGUAGAUGCGUAUAAACAGUAUUCCAAGACCAUUCAUGAAUUGAACAAGGCUUGUAAUUUGCGAGGUCUUCUGAAAUUUAAAGAUACUUCAACUAAGAUUCCUAUUGGUGAAGUUGAACCUGCUAGCGAAAUAGUUAAACGGUUUUGCACUGGGGCCAUGAGUUAUGGGUCAAUAUCAUUGGAGGCCCACACUGCAUUAGCAACGGCAAUGAACAAAAUUGGAGGGAAAUCCAACACAGGUGAGGGAGGUGAGCAACCAUCUCGUAUGGAGCCUCUGGCCGAUGGCUCAAGGAAUCCCAAAAGGAGUGCCAUUAAGCAGAUUGCUAGUGGGAGAUUUGGAGUUUCAAGUUACUAUCUUACAAAUGCUGAUGAACUUCAGAUAAAGAUGGCCCAGGGAGCAAAACCUGGUGAAGGAGGUGAACUUCCUGGCCACAAGGUUAUAGGAGACAUUGCUAUUACUAGGAGUUCAACAGCUGGGGUAGGGCUCAUCAGUCCACCUCCGCAUCAUGAUAUUUAUUCAAUUGAAGAUCUUGCUCAAUUAAUUUACGAUCUGAAGAAUGCCAACCCAGCUGCUCGAAUUAGUGUGAAACUAGUAUCUGAAGCUGGAGUUGGGGUCAUUGCUAGUGGAGUUGUUAAAGCCCAUGCCGAGCAUGUCUUGAUCUCAGGUCAUGAUGGAGGUACAGGAGCAUCCAGAUGGACUGGCAUAAAGAAUGCUGGGCUUCCUUGGGAACUUGGUCUGGCCGAGACCCACCAGACAUUGGUAGCUAAUGACCUACGUGGUCGCACAACUCUCCAAACUGAUGGGCAACUCAAAACCGGAAGAGAUGUGGCUAUAGCCGCUCUUCUUGGUGCAGAAGAGUAUGGUUUCAGUACUGCUCCACUCAUUACUCUAGGCUGCAUCAUGAUGCGGAAGUGCCACAAGAACACCUGUCCUGUUGGCAUUGCUACUCAAGAUCCAGUACUUAGAGAAAAAUUUGCUGGAGAACCCGAGCAUGUUAUUAACUUCUUUUUUAUGGUGGCGGAAGAGAUGAGAGAAAUUAUGGCCCAACUUGGGUUUAGAACAGUCAAUGAAAUGGUUGGCCGUUCAGAUAUGCUCGAAGUUGAUAAAGAAGUUGUUAAUGGAAAUGCAAAACUUGAGAACAUUGAUCUCUCUCUAUUGCUUAGACCUGCAGCUGAACUGCGGCCAGAAGCUGCACAAUACUGUGUGCAAAAGCAAGAUCAUGAUCUGGACAUGGCUUUGGAUAAUAAGCUUAUAAGUCUGUCCAAUGCUGCUUUGGAAAAGGGUCUUCCAGUAUACAUUGAAACACCAAUUCAUAAUACUAACCGUGCUGUGGGAACUAUGCUUAGCCAUGAGGUUACUAAGAGGUACAACUUAGCUGGUCUUCCAGAUGACACCAUCCAUAUCCGAUUUACUGGUAGUGCUGGCCAGAGCUUUGGUGCAUUCCUUUGCCCUGGCAUCACUUCGGAACUUGAAGGUGAUAGCAAUGACUACAUUGGUAAAGGAUUAUCAGGUGGCAAGAUUGUAGUAUAUCCUCCAAAAGGAAGCAAUUUUGACCCCAAAGACAACAUCAUAAUUGGAAACGUGGCACUGUAUGGGGCAACACGUGGUGAGGCAUAUUUCAAUGGGAUGGCAGCAGAAAGAUUUUGUGUGCGUAAUUCUGGGGCUCGUGCUGUAGUUGAAGGCGUUGGUGAUCAUGGUUGCGAGUACAUGACUGGCGGGACCGUUGUAAUUCUUGGGAAAACUGGUAGAAAUUUCGCUGCAGGUAUGAGUGGUGGAAUCGCUUAUGUUCUUGAUGUGGACGGAACAUUCCAGUCUCGGUGCAACCCAGAGCUUGUGGAUCUGGAUAAGGUUGAAGAGGAAGAGGACAUUAUGACUCUUAGGAUGUUGAUACAGCAACAUCAACGUCACACAAAUAGUCUGCUUGCCAAGGAAGUGCUGGUUGAUUUUGACAAUCUUCUACCUAAAUUUGUCAAGGUGUUCCCUAGGGAGUAUAAACGUGUUCUUGCAAGUAUGAAGUCUGAUGCAGCCUCUAAAGAGGCAGUGGAGCGUGCUGAUGAUGAUGUAGAUGAAAAAGAUGAUGAUGAAGCUCAAGCAGUAGAGAAAGAUGCUUUUGAAGAGCUAAAGAAGUUGGCAACUGCAUCUUUGAAUGAGAAACCCAGUGAGGCUCCCAAGAGGCCAAGUCAGGUCACUGAUGCUGUUAAACAUAGAGGCUUUGUUGCUUAUGAGCGCGAGGGUGUUCAGUAUAGGGAUCCUAAUGUCCGCCUUAAUGAUUGGAAUGAAGUUAUGAUGGAGACAAAGCCGGGGCCACUUUUGAAAACACAGUCUGCCCGUUGCAUGGAUUGUGGCACUCCUUUCUGUCAUCAGGAAAAUUCCGGAUGUCCUCUUGGAAAUAAAAUACCAGAAUUUAAUGAGUUGGUGUAUCAAAAUAGGUGGCAAGAAGCCUUAGAGAGGCUUCUUGAAACAAACAACUUUCCCGAGUUCACUGGUCGGGUGUGUCCAGCACCUUGCGAAGGUUCCUGUGUCCUUGGUAUUAUCGAGAAUCCCGUGUCUAUUAAAAACAUUGAAUGUGCUAUCAUAGACAAGGCUUUUGAAGAGGGUUGGAUGGUGCCACGACCUCCUGUCAAGAGAACCGGGAAAAGAGUAGCCAUAGUUGGAAGUGGACCAUCUGGCUUGGCAGCUGCUGAUCAGCUAAAUAAAAUGGGCCAUACGGUAACAGUGUUUGAAAGAGCUGAUCGGAUUGGGGGUCUUAUGAUGUAUGGGGUUCCCAACAUGAAAACUGACAAAGUAGAUAUAGUUCAAAGACGAGUCAAUCUAAUGGCUGAGGAGGGAAUAAACUUUGUGGUGAAUGCUAAUAUUGGACAUGAUCCUUUGUAUUCUCUUGAACAACUUCGAGAGAAAAAUGAUGCCAUUGUCUUGGCUGUUGGUGCCACAAAGCCAAGGGAUCUUCCUGUACCGGGAAGGGAGCUAUCAGGAGUUCAUUUUGCCAUGAAUUUUCUUCAUGCCAACACUAAAAGCUUGCUUGAUAGCAAUUUACAGGAUGGUAACUACAUAUCUGCCAAGGGCAAGAAGGUUGUGGUCAUUGGUGGGGGUGACACUGGCACAGAUUGCAUUGGAACGUCCAUUCGUCAUGGUUGUACUUCCGUUGUAAAUCUUGAACUUCUCCCUCAGCCACCACCCACUAGGGCCCCAGGCAAUCCAUGGCCUCAGUGGCCUCGCAUAUUCCGUGUUGAUUACGGUCACCAAGAAGCGGAAACUAAAUUUGGCAAAGAUCCAAGAACCUACGAGGUACUGACUAAGCGUUUUGUGGGAGAUGAAAAUGGUAACGUAAAAGGAGUUGAAGUGGUACGUCUUCGCUGGGAGAAGGAUGAAACCGGCAAGUUUCAGUUUAAGGAAAUAGAGGGCAGUGAGGAGAUAAUUGAGGCUGACCUAGUUUUACUUGCUAUGGGAUUCCUUGGUCCUGAGUCGACUAUUGCAGAAAAGUUGGGCGUGGAACAAGACAACAGGUCAAACUUCAAGGCCAGUUAUGGCCGUUUCUCAACCAAUGUUGACGGGGUAUUUGCAGCUGGGGACUGUCGGCGAGGUCAGUCUUUGGUUGUGUGGGCUAUUUCAGAGGGAAGGCAAGCUGCUUCCCAAGUUGACAGCUACCUCACCAAAGAAGACCAGAGUAUUGAUGGGAAUCAGGAUGAAUUUGUCAAGAGGCAACAGAACCUCAACAACAAGCACCAGGGCAGCAGCAAACACACAGUGAUGACUUAG